AUGUAUGUAUGUAUGUAUGUAUGUAUUGUGGUUAUACGCACGCACACCUUACCAAUACCUUAUACAGCAAUACCGUUCGCCAAUAUAUGGUUGUUUCCGUACCCUACCCACGCACCGCACCCCCCCUCUAACACCCGUCGUUGGCGUUUGUCGGCACAUCAUCUACUUGGCGGACAACGGCCGCCACGCGCCCAUGGGGGAGGGGGGGGGCUGCGAGAGAAAGGAAUACCUACCUACCUAUAUAGGUUAUAUAUAUACCUACCUAUAUAUAUGCACGUCCCUGAUCUUGCCUCUGCUCGAUUCUUGUCCGAUAAACUGGACAUGGACACAGGGGGUAACAAGGACCUAGGUAACCUACAUGUCGUCUUACGCACAUGUAGGGCUAGCUCUACCUACGUGUAUGUAUGUAUGUAUCCCCAUGCGGCCAGCCGCUCCCUUGCAGACCGCUCCAGCUUUAGCUCCAGAGCGGGAAGAUGGGAGGGCCACGUUCGUAUGGAUACAUAUUUCUCUUCUUCUUCUCCGAGGCAAGAGAAGGCGAGGCAGGUUUAAAACUCACUUAUGUAGGUACAUACAUGGCCGGGAUGGACUCGGGUAUCACGGGGUGCUGGAUAAUAGAAUAGAAUAUAAUAGAAUAGAAUAGAAUAGCCAUGCGCGUCCAUACACCGCAAAUUAACCGCGCGACAGGGACAUGGGGACGAAAUAGGUAGCACUAUCUAUUCAAUAAUGGAUAAUGAAUGAUAGAUAAUGGAUAAUGGGGAAUGCGGAUUGCAGAUUGCGGAUUGCGGAUUGCGGAAAGACCCUUUGUGUUUGUGCGUCUUUCUUCGGUUAUCUCCCGGCUCAGUGGAAUCCCGACCGUUUGACUAUUGAGAGGGGAGUGUUACC